UAAUAACAUCCGUUUUGCAUCGCGCUGGUCGCAUGAACAUCUCUUCCUUGCCUCAAUGGCCAUCGGGCCAGACCCUUACUAGACCAUGAAAAUUAAAAAUGACCCAAGUUGACCUUUCCAUACGCCAGGCAAUCCAGCUGAACGACGCUGCGCUGGUCCGCAGACUGCUGAAGCAUCACCCACAAUAUCUACACAACCCUGACUUUGCCGACAAAAGCAACACGUCGUUGCACCUGGCUGCGCAACAUGGGCUGACCGAAAUUGCAGAGCUAUUGAUCUCCCUUGGCCAUGACAGCACACGAGAGGUCACAGACUGGAUCUAUUCCAACCGCGGAGACAACCUGGGUAUCUCUGUCAACACUGACGGGAAGACCCCUCUACAUCUAGCUGCAGCCUACUCGCAGUCGGCCGUCGUUGAGCUUCUCUGCAAGCAUUUCCCACAGACCAUGAAUCGACCGGACUACACAGGUCAAACACCCCUCCACCUCGCAUCCUGCUCUCAAGGUACGCCUGUCUUGCCUGCGUAUGUCGACCAGAAUUCCAGGCCUACCACAAGAUCAGGAGAGGACAAUAGCACUAUUGACAUCCUGAUCGCUCGCCGAGCGGAGGUGAAUGCAAGAGACAAUCAAGGCAAUACGUGUCUACACAAUGCAACUGCUUGGGGGAACUUGAAAGCUGUACGAGCCUUGAUUCAAGCUGGUGCAGAUCCCCUUCGGAAGAACAAGGCUGGAUGGACGCCUGAAUACUAUAGCAUCACCGUACAGGCAGAAGUCUACUAUCGAAAUCUGGUAGCAGAGUGGGAGAAGAGGAAAGCUGAAGAGGGGACAAGGGCGAGCGACCGACGAGUCAAAGGAGGUGGUGCCGUCAGGCUGGUUCCUCAAGAGGCCGAGAGCGACGAGGGUGAAUCAGAGGCAUCGAGAAGUCGAGCCAGCAGUGCCAGAUCUCAACAGACCGGAGGUAGCGAUGGCGAUACUGGGCUGGGGAUCAGCGUAGGCAACCUGGAUACGUGGAGGUGAUUGUACGGAGUUCAGUUGCGAUCUUAGGCAUCAAAAGUGGCAGACUGCACUUGACGGGAACAGCAGCAGCGACAAUAUGGUGGAGACGAGACGAUGCAUGAGAAGUUGGAUCAGCUGAACGAGUUGACUGGAUAGACUCCGCAGAUGUGAGACGAUCGAUUGACGCCUUGAUCGACCCUCAAUGACCCAGAUUUUGGACCCCAAAUUCUGGCUCCUGCAAUCACUGACCCGCGGGCCAGCCACCACCAACAUGCAAGUCAAUGUACCAGUAUCUCCG